CCCAUUUCCAUUUCCGUUUCACCAUUUUCCCAUCCCUGAGAGCAGCUACCGAGAGAGACGACGACGACGGAGGAGCGGGCAGCGAGCUCGGAUCGAGAGACGGUUUCGCGGUCAGGAGGAGGACGAUGAUGAGGGCCGUGGCGCGGUGCUGCGGGGGCCACUGGCCGCCGGGCGCGGCGGCGGCGGACGGCAUGCUCUGGCAGACGGAGCUGCGCCCGCACGCGGCCGGGGAGUUCUCCAUGGCCGCCGCGCAGGCCAACCUCGUCAUGGAGGACCAGGCGCAGGUGCUCGCCUCCCCCGCCGCCACGCUCGUCGCCGUCUACGACGGCCACGGCGGGCCCGACGCCUCACGGUUCCUCCGCUCCACCCUCUUCCCCCACGUCCAACGCUUCGCGAAGGAGCAAGGGGGCAUGAGCACGGAGGCGAUCCGCCGCGCGUUCGGGGCGGCGGAGGAGGAGUUCCUGCGGGAGGUGCGGCAGGCGUGGCCCAAGCGGCCGCGGGUGGCGGCCGUGGGGUCGUGCUGCCUGCUCGGGGCCAUCUCCGGGGACACGCUCUACGUGGCCAACCUCGGCGACUCGCGCGCGGUGCUCGGCCGCCGCGUCGUCGGGGCCGGCGGGGUGGCCGUCGCCGAGCGCCUCUCCACCGACCACAACGUCGCCAACGAGGACGUCCGGCACGAGGUCGCCGCGCAGAACCCGGACGAUGAGCAGAUCGUCGUGCACACCAGGGGCGCGUGGAGGAUCAAGGGGAUUAUUCAGGUGUCAAGAUCCAUUGGUGAUUUUUACUUGAAGAACCAGGAGUUUAGCAUGGACCCCUUGUUCCGGCAAAUCGGGCCUGUUGUUGCACUGAAGCGGCCAGCUCUUAGCGCGGAGCCACAGAUUCAAGUUCGCAAGCUGAAACCAACGGAUCAGUUUCUGAUAUUUGCCUCAGACGGUCUUUGGGAGCAUCUCAGCGACAAUGAUGCUGUGCAAAUUGUCUUCAAGAAUCCUAGAACGGGUAUAGCAAACAGAUUAGUGCGGGCUGCGUUGAAGGAAGCAACAAAGAGGAGAGAGGUCAGUCUGAACGACCUGAAGACGAUAGAGAGGGGAGUGAGGCGCCAUUUCCACGACGACAUCAGCGUUGUCGUGGUCUAUCUUGACCGGCACCGGGGGCGCCGUCAAACCAGGGUUGUGGACUCGAGCAUGAACUGCACAAGCUCCCCCGUCGAUAUCUACUCCAGCUCCGUCCAAUCUGUGCAGCCAAGGAAAGAUUACAGGGACUCGGGUUAAACGGACCGAAUCGUCUGCAAGCUUAGACUAUCUCCAGGUGGGUAAGUGGUAGAGUGUUGCAACAUCAGCAACAUAAACUGGAACCCCAGGUUGUAGUGGCAGCAUCAGAAGGAAAUACGCGAUGUACAUAAAUAGUGGGGACGCGUGGGAUUUUUGGCUGUCGGAGGAGAUGAGUUUAUUUCUUUUGUUGGCUUAUGUAAUUGCAGAACUUAGUAGAACUCUGUCUUUUUGUUUAUCUCUGCUUAACCAGCAGCUAACCCGUGAAUUAGAACGGGCAAAUUAAUC